AUGGUGUUUGCUAGAAGAGGUUGUUUCAAAUGUGGCAACGUGGGCCAUAUUGCGGAAGCGUGUCCUGAGCCCGAACGAUUAUGCUACAUUUGCAAAGAGGCAGGACACGAAUCGAGCACCUGUACUCAGCCCAGAACGGUCGAUACGAAGCAGUGUUAUGGAUGUGGUGGUGUGGGGCAUAUUCAAGCCGAGUGUCCAAGCUGCUACAAUUGCGGUCGAUUUGGUCAUAUUGCGCGCGAGUGUCCAUCCGCCGGUACGGAAGAAGGAGAAAGACCGGUUCGACCACCAAAGACAUGUUAUCGUUGCGGAAAACGGGGUCAUAUUGCGCCUAUAGACUAUGAUGAUGAAAUUUUGUAA